AGGUUGUAAAUGCAUAUACUAGCUAGUUAAGACUUUGAGAGUUGCCACUUACUGCAUCUAUUUCCUAGGUUUGGCAUUAUAGUAUUCAAGCAUUUGGCUAAAUGGCAAAUUGGCAUUAGUGCAUAGUCAUUACCUGUUUCUUACGGUUUAUACAUUUAGAGUUAGUCUGUAUUACAUCAUUUUAUUAGUCUGUUUCUUGCAAACACAUAUUUAUCAUGGCAGUGGAAGUCCAGGAUUUUAUCUUAAUAGCAGUGAGUGGUUUAGGUUUCAUUUCUCUCAUCAAACAAAUUUUCAUUUUUUGGAGGUGGGUAUGGGUCAUGUUCUUGAGACCACCAAAGAAUUUGAAGAAACAAUAUGGUUCAUGGGCAAUAAUCACUGGCUCCACCGAUGGAAUUGGCAAGGCUCUUGCUUUUGAGCUAGCAUCAAAGGGGCUUAACCUAGUUUUGGUGGGGCGAAACCCUUCAAAACUUGAAGCUACAUCACAUGAGAUAAAAGCAAGAAGUGGCGCCAAGCAAGAAGUUCAGAUUAAAACAAUUGUUAUUGAUUUUGCCAAGUCAAGCGGAGAAGAGACAUCGAGAAAAAUAGAGGAUGGUAUUCAAGGGUUAGAUGUUGGUGUUUUGAUUAACAAUGCAGGAUUGGCAUAUUCAUAUCCUAUGUACUUUCAUGAGGUUGAUCAGGAACUGAUGGACAGUCUUGUAAAAGUAAAUGCAGAAGCAGCAACUUGGGUUAUUAGGGCAGUUAUUCCUGCGAUGAUGCGUAAGAAAAAAGGUGCAAUUGUUAACAUCGGUUCUGGAUCAUCUGUAGUUGUCCCUUCCUACCCAUUAAUUGCAUUAUAUGCCUCUACCAAAGCGUACCUAGCAAUGUUCUCAAGAUGUAUCAAUUUGGAAUAUAAGCAUCAUGGAAUUGAUACUCAGUGUCAGAUCCCAUUAUUUGUGGCGACAAAAAUGACAAGGUUGAAAUCCAGCUUUACAGUUGCAUCAGCAGAGAUGUAUGCAAAAGCAAGCAUAAGAUGGAUCGGUUACGAGCAACUGUGUACACCCUUUUGGGCACAUUCUUUCGAGUGGUUUAUAUUGCAAGCAUUGCCAGAUUCUGUGUUAGAUUGGAUGCUCUUCCGUAUCCAUAAUUAUUUGCGCAAGAAAGGAUUAGAGAAUGAUGCUCUACUUAACCAAGAGAUUAAUGUUUAUGACAUACUACAUUUAUCUCUCUUGUAACUUUAAUUUGGAUUGGCGUUCUUGUUAUUGUUUGCUUUAGACCCAACAAUGUUGCAUCCUAGCUAAAUGCAAGUAAAUAGCAAACAAUUUCAAGUGCUCAUGCUAUUAUUUUUCCAUUUGUGACUUUAUUUGAUGCACUAUUUUCUA